AUGUAUACGGCCGGACUCAAUCCGUUUUACGCAUCAAAUUUUAGUCUUUGGUCUGCUUAUUGCGCGGGUGGUUUCGCUAUGGAUACAAUGAAGAAGCCCUCAUUUUGCAUUGCUGACAUUUUGCAGGUUGGGGAUGCCGAGAACAUCCCAGGAUCCUCGGCCCUCAUGGCUCAUAUGGGACACCGUUCUCAGGUCCACUCCUCUGGAUCUCAUUUGCAUCCUUCCCCGGUGGGGCCAGAACAGUCGGUCUACGGUGGGAGACUGAACCCCGGGUCUCCAUAUCACAGGCACGGAAUACACUUAACGUCUGUAUCUAGAACGAGUCUCAACUCCCAACAAGCUCCUCCACCAUCAAGCAAGGACCUGAAGUUCGGAAUCGAUCGGAUAUUGUCAACAGACUUCGACCCAAAAACAAAAGACAUAUUGUCUUUAAGAGGUAAGCUUUUAAAUGAACUUUCAUACUGUUGUCAAAAUGAAUUCUAUAAAAUCACUAUUAAUAGGCCUAUAUCAAGAUUCUGUCACUGCCAAAGAAAGCAUUCAAGAAUGCCAUUAUGUUGUAAAGGCACUUUUUAUUUUUAUAAUAUGGCUAUGUUGACUUAAUUAAAGGCUGCGUUUAUAAAGUACUGACCUCGAAGGCACCUAAACCACAGUGGCAACAUCAUGUACCUUAUUAUUUACGCACUCAAACCCUCUAUAUGAACAUCCAAGCUGCCACCGUUGCCUCAUUAUAAAACUAGGUAUUCUUUAGCUUCAGACAACAUUCAGACUCGCACACGAAAGUCAUUUUUAGCUGAACAUUUUCACCAUUGACAAGAACUCGUGUAUUAUACGUUGCGGUAAUUUCUUACUCAUUUAUCUCUCGCCCUGUGACAGAUCUCACUUCCAUUGUUAGCUCGAACCGUCAGUCAGGGAUCCACAUGCCGGUGCAGCCUUCGGCGAGCCAGUACUUCGCAUCCAUAGACCCAGCGAUGAGCGACACGUCCUCCAUGAUGAGCUCACUAAACGGCGCCAGGCAAUCAGGGCAGCAUCAGUUUCAGGACACCUUCCCAGGUAGUGUAGCCGUCAGCACAUAGGCUACAUAGGGCCUUUUUACGCACACAGGACAUUUAAGGAUUCGAACAAUAUUUUUACAUAGCUUUUAAUAUUCAGACUUUGCUCAGUGUUUUUAAACCCUAGGCCUAUCUUCUGUUGAUCGUGUUUUUCAAGUGAAUAUAAUUUGACAUGUUUGAUGGCAUGACACCACUUUUCUAGGAUUGCCAACUAUAAUUGACUAGUGCACUUUGAAAUUUGAACGAAUAAAUAACAUUGCUCAACCUUUAUGUCCCUUUAUUUAUACAGGUCCAUAUGCUGUCCUCACAAAAGACACGAUACCACAGACGUACAAAAGGAAGAGGUCCUGGUCGCGAGCAGUCUUCUCCAACCUGCAAAGAAAAGGACUUGAGAAACGAUUCGAAAUACAGAAAUAUGUCACCAAACCCGACAGAAAACAACUGGCUGCAAUGCUUGGCCUAACAGAUGCACAGGUAAAUUACUUGCAUCAUGCUGUAGCCAAUAGGCCCCAAUUGUAUGGACAUUGUUUGUAUAAUGGACUAUAUGCAAAUCUGGAGUUCUUUUUAGAAUCCUUGCUUCUUGAGAUGGAAAGACAUAUGCCUAAUAGUGUAAAACAAUUAAACUUGCGACUAUAUUAAAUAUGUUUAGCUGAAGCGUUACUGAUUGCGCGAUAGAAAUGUACCCUAAAUGUAAUUUCCGAUUGAGCCGACAUAUGGAGCAUGAAUGCAGUCUCUGCUAAUUAAUUAACAUUGCCUUUAAAUUUCAAUAAUGCUGUAACGCUGAACUUUCGCGAUACGGAUUGAAUAGAGCCCUGGCCGUGUGUUGUUAAGACAGGAAGCCGCCACUCAGAGGAUACACCCGGUAAUAUAUCCUAGUAGGCAACUGUAGAAUUGCGCAAUCGAGAACUUUUAGGGAAAUGAAAGUCGAUUACAACAAAUUAUUGCAAACGGAGAAAGGUCAUAGUCGUACGUAACUCCAUUGGGUUAAGCAAUACACAUAAUACUAGCCUAUAGUAUUAUAGCCCAGCUGAUGUUUUAAUAGCAAUUUGUUCUUGUGGGCUACAGGCCCACCUUUACGCACAUUGUUGAUUUAUUCUGCAUUAACUUUAUUGUAGCCUACCUAGGCUACUGUCAUGUUAUUCAUUAUGAAAUGUAGGCUAUGAUUUCCUUAUCAAGAAGGUUUUGUUCUGUUAUGUAGAGGAUGUCCUUUUAUACUAUCAAUUAGGUCUCUGGGUCCUAUUUCUAUGGAGCAUAACUCAUUGUCAACCUGUUGGCGAGUAGUUUAGGCAUCAGGAUCAGGCUGACUACAUCUAAACGAGCUCGUGCACUUUCUCGGCAGGUCAAAGUGUGGUUCCAGAACAGGCGCAUGAAGUGGAGGCAUUCGAAAGAAGCCCAGGCGCAGAAGGACAAGGAGAAGGAGACGCUAGACAAGUCACUGACAGAGGCCGAGCCCAAAGAACCGGAAGAGUCCGAGUGUGAGAGCGAAGCGAGCUGCGAGUCCGAAUUCGAGGACGGGCAGGAGGACAAGAGUGACGUGGACAUUUCUGAGCAUAACAAGACUAGUGUGAUCAUGACCGGGGCCACCCCUGUGAGUAUGGAGGAGGCAACUUCAGUCGGUGCCCUCACAGAAACUGUGGCAUCAUCACAAAUGUGA